AUGGAGGCACUACAACAUGCUUCCAUCAUGGAGGAGCACCGCACCCUGAUGGGUGUGGUGGUUGGAAAGGUUCAAUCCGCCAAGAAUGGACUGAACGAGGCCUUCACUAGCCUGCUAAUAGGCUUCGAGGCUUCACUGCUAGCGGCGACCGCCCAGGCCGCCGAAGUACCCGAACUUAAGCGUAAGCUGGGACUGGUCGAUGAGGAUCUCGUCCGCAUCAAGAAGGGUUUUGAUGAGGCGCAAGGCAGCGCGGCUGCGGUUGAGGCCCUUAUGAGUGAACUUACCCAGGCCAAGGAGCAGGCAAGGGUGAACAAGGCGGCCACUGAAAAAGCGGCCGAGGACUUGAAGUCCGAGCAGGUUGUCCGCUGCCAGUACGAGGAGCGGGUGACCGAAGUGGAGCAGGCGCUCAAGGAUGCCGCCGAGAAGUGCAAGUCCCUAGAGGAGAAGAGUAAAGCCCAGGCGACCGACCUUGCCAAGGCCCUUAAAGAGGCCGAGGAGGCGAUGGCCGAAUCCCGAGCGGCGCAUGCCUUUGCGGAUCUUCUGAAGAGCUCUGUUGAUGCUGCGCAGUUCUUCCAGGCCCAGGAGGAGCACGCGACGGAGAAGCAAUUCUAG